AUGCGCAUCAAACAUACCUGUGCAAUCCUCUCGCUCUCUCUGAGCUCCGUCUUCGCCGCACCAAUGCCAAACGGGGACGUUGCGAAGCCCGACUACCAGUACCUUGUGAAGAAAGGCGUCGAAGAUGUCGCCAAGCCUGACUACCAGUACUUAGUCAAGAAGCACGAAGAAGAUGUAGCAAAACCCGACUACCAAUACUUGGUCAAGAAGCACGAAGAGGAUGUGGCCAAGCCAGAUUACCAGUAUCUCGUGAGGAAGGGCGCUGGAGAGGAUGUCGCAAAACCGGAUUAUCAAUACCUGGUGUGA